AUGAAUAGAUUCAAAAGCAGCCCACCUGAGGCACAGGUCGUAUCAUCAGAGAAAGAUAUUGGGCAUACCAAUCAUCUCGAGCAAGUCUCCAGUAAUGAGGAGCGUAAAGAUGGUGACCUGGAGCAAGGCGCUGGGCAGCGAGACUGGACACCGGAGGAGGAACGCAAGAUAGUAUGGAAAGUCGACUUCCGCGUCUUCCCCAUGCUCUGCAUCGUCUUCGGCCUUUCGCUCCUCGACCGCUCCAACAUCUCCGCCGCCUUCAUAGCUGGCAUGAGCACGGAUCUCGAACUCACUGGCACCCGUUACAACAUUGCCCUUUUGGUCUUCUUCAUUGGGUACGGCCUCUUCGAGCUCCCAUCCAACUACAUCAUUCGCCGUCUGGGUGCGCGCUGGUGGCUCAGCUUCCUGAUCACCACUUGGGGCGUAUGCGUGCUUGGAAUGGGCUUCAUCGACAACUGGAAGCUGUUGUCAGUACUACGUGCACUGCUGGGUGUCUUUGAGGCCGGCCUGUUUCCUGGAGCGGUCUUUAUCAUUGGAAGCUGGUACCGGCAGUAUGAGACCGCGAGGAGAAUCAGUAUCUUCUACAUGGCUGCGCUGCUUGCGUCUGGCUUUGGCCCGAUCUUUGCGUACGCUUUGUCGCUGAUCAGUGUGGGUAACGGCAAGUACCAGCAAGGCUGGCGAUGGAUCUUCAUCAUUGAAGGCAUCGCUACCAUCGUUGCUGGCUUGGUCUCCCCCUUCUUCCUCAUCGAGUUUCCAGAGAAAGUCCGCUUCCUCACCGACCGCCAAAAGUACAUCGCCCUCGAACGCCUUCGUCUCGAGAAAGAGAACCGCGAGAUCGUACACCCCAACAUGAAGCAGACCCUCGUCAUGCUCUGCGACUUCAAGCUUCUGCUCUACUCCAUCAACUACUUCAUCGCCGCCUCCAGCGUCUACAGCCUCGCCUUCUUCGCCCCCGUCAUCCUCCGCCAAGGCCUCCAAUUCUCCUACACCAAAGCCCAACUCCUCUCCUCGCCCCCCUACAUCUUCACCAUCUUCGCCUCCAUCGCCGCCGCCUACGUCUCCGACAAAAUCCGCCUCCGCUGGCCCAUCCUAAACUUCCAAGCCCUCAUCGCCAUCAUCGGCCUCCUGGUCGUCCUCUACGCCAAACCUCCCGGCGUCCGCUACUUCGGUCUCUUCCUAGCUACCUACGGCACCCAGGGUAACGUCCCCGCGACGAUAUCGUAUGGCCAGAAUCAGACUGCGAGGUUGGAGAAGAAGGGGAUUGUGGCGGCGGCGAUGAUUUCGGCGGGGGCGAUUGGGGGCAUUUGUGGGAGUUCGAUUUUUCGGAGCCAGGAUGCGCCGCAGUAUUUGGCGGGGAUGUGGGCGACGAUUGGGAUGCAGUUCUUGUAUAUUGUGAAUACGAGCUGUUUGAGUUGGUAUUUUAAGAGGCAGAAUGCGAGGGCGGACAAAGGGGAGGUGGCGGUUUUGGAGGGGGUCGAGGGGUUUAGGUAUGCGCCGUAG